CUGCAACAAGACACAACAAGAAAUGAAGAUAAUGAGACUGAAGCUUACAGGAUGAAUAAAUUAAGAAGGACAAGAAAGAAGGUCAAUAAACCAUUCAUUUCUUCAACUGAAGUGGGGGAAAUGGAUCUAUCUGUCUCAGAAGAGAGAAUAAGCAAACAAAUGAUGUGUAACAAACUGGGAAAUGCAAGCAAAUCAGCCCAGGGACCUGGCUCUGCUGAGUCUGAUCAGCCUCAUGAUGACAGAAAUUCCAAGGAGCAGAUUAUAGUGAUAAAACCAUCACUUCUUAAAACAACAGUCAGCCCUCCUGACAGUGAAUUUAACCUGAAUUCUAGCCAUCCUGAUCACACAAGGGACAACACUCAAUUUUCCACCCUACCUCCACUCUCCUCUAGAAUGAAGCACAUUAAGCAAGAGAUGACAAGAAAUCACCUCCAGUUUGUGCGUUUUGAAGCAUCAGACCUCCAUGGCGUGUCCAGGUCUAGGAGUAUCCCAGCUCACUUUUUCCAAGAAAAAGUGACCCACGGAGUUUACAUGCCCAGAGGUUAUCUUGAACUGAUACCAAAUCCUAAAGACAAUGAAGUGAAUCACAUAAGAGCAACAUGUUUUAAUAGUGACAUAGUUCUGAUGCCAGAGUUAUCAACAUUUAGAGUUUUGCCGUGGGCUGACAGAACUGCAAGAGUGAUUUGCGAUACAUUCACUGUAACUGGUGAGCCUCUGCUGACUUCUCCAAGGUACAUUGCAAAGAGGCAGCUGAGCCAACUGCAAGACUCUGGCUUUUCUCUGCUCUCUGCCUUUAUCUAUGAUUUUUGCAUUUUUGGUGUGCCUGAAAUUAUCGAUUCAAAGACCAUAUCUUUUCCUGCUUCACCCUUACUAAAUAACCAUGACCAGCCCUUUAUGCAGGAACUCAUCGAUGGUUUAUAUCAGACCGGAGCCAAUGUUGAGAGCUUUUCCUCCUCUACCAGACCUGGUCAAAUGGAAAUCUGUUUUCUGCCAGAAUUUGGCAUCAGUGCAGCAGAUAAUGCAUUUACUCUAAGAUCAGGUGUCAAAGAAGUGGCAAGAAAAUACAAUUAUAUUGCCAGCUUUUUCAUUGAGACAGGAUUAUGCAAUUCAGGAAUUUUGUCACAUAGUCUCUGGGAUGUCAGUGGGAAGCAAAACGUAUUCUGCAGCAGUUCUGGAGUUGAACAGCUCACAAUCACUGGGAAAAAAUGGUUGGCAGGGCUCUUGAAACAUUCUGCAGCUCUCAGCUGCCUGAUGGCACCUGCUGUUAGUUGCCGAAAGCGCUAUUCCAAAGAGAGCAAAGACCUAAAGGAGAGUGUGCCCACAACUUGGGGAUACAAUGAUAACAGCUGUGCUUUUAACAUCAAAUGUCAUGGAGAGAAAGGUGCCCGGAUAGAAAAUAAACUAGGCUCAGCAACAGCAAACCCUUACCUGGUGCUGGCUGCUACUAUUGCUGCAGGCUUGGAUGGUCUUCAAAGCAGUGAUGGUGUCUUGGCUGAUCAAGAUGAUAGCACAGACCUUUAUCAUGCAAAACCCUCUGAAAUUCCUUUGAAACUGGAAGAUGCCCUUGUAGCAUUAGAAGAGGAUCAGUGUCUGAGACAGGCUCUAGGAGAGACUUUCAUUCGAUAUUUUGUUGCCAUGAAGAAAUAUGAAUUGGAAAAUGAAGAAAUUGAUGCUGAGAGAGAUAAAUUUUUAGAGUAUUUUAUUUAG